AAAACCCCACAGGUUAUCACCCGAGUAGAGUCGAUGGAAUGAUGUCCAGUGGCAGCGAACAGUUAAUCCAGACAGAGUUUUGAACCAUCUUACCCACUGGAAGGAAGCAAGAGUAAUCCAACAUGCCAAAGGAGUAAGGGCCACCAUAUUACCUUUACCUCCCUAUUCCUCAACCAAGCUGAGCAAAGAAAACAGGCCAGACAGCAGCAGUAAAACACACGGUGUUAACCGCAGACAUGAUGGGAGUCCCUGUGUGCUGUGUGGUGGUGCUAGCAUUUAUUUAUCACAGCCAAAGUGUGGAAACAAAAAAUCCACUUUACAGGCCUAAAAGGUCUCAAGAAAAUGUCUGGUCAGAUCCCAGUGACUGUGUGUCGAAAACAAGGCAGGUCUUCACAAACUCUCACAACUUCUCUGUGGAUAUUCGGAUGCCCGGUGUUGUACCGAGUGGGUCGGACACUUACCUGUGCAUGGCAUUUCCUGUGCCAACUAGUCGUGAUGCAUUUGUUGUGGACUUCAUACCUCAUGCCAGUAUGGAUACAGUCCAUCACAUGCUGCUUUUUGGCUGCCAGACUCCAUUCUCUACCAGCCCCUACUGGGACUGCGGCAGUGUACAAGGCACUUGUGAGGAUGAAGCCUCCAUUAUGUAUGCUUGGGCUCAGAAUGCACCACCUACUAAAUUACCCAAAGAUGUUGGUUUUAAAGUUGGAAGAAAUUCAGGAAUAUCCUACUUUGUGCUGCAGAUCCAUUAUGGAGAUGUCAGUGCUUUCAGAGAUCAUCAUAGAGAUUGCUCAGGACUUACCUUAAAAAUUACAUCCAGACCGCAGCCAUUCAUUGCUGGCAUAUACCUGCUCAUGUCUGUGGACACGGUUAUCCUUCCAGGAAAAAGAGUUACAAACGCAGACAUCAGCUGUGAUUACACUUCAUAUCCCUUCUACCCCUUUGCCUUCAGGACCCACACACACCACCUUGGGAAAGUGGUCAGUGGCUACAGGAUCAGAGAUGGCAAGUGGAGCCUGAUUGGAAGACAGUCUCCUCAGCUACCACAGGCUUUCUAUCCUGCUAACAAGGAAGUGAAUAUGAGGUAUGGUGACACCAUAGCUGCCAGAUGUGUGUUUACUGGUGAGGGCAGAAUCUCCAAAACAUAUAUUGGUGGCACCUCUGAUGAUGAAAUGUGCAACUUCUAUAUAAUGUAUUAUAUGGACAGCAAGCAUGCCAUCCCCUACAUGAACUGUAUGGAGACCGGCUCCAAAGAACUAUUUGAGCGUAUUCCAGCUGAAGCCAAUGUUCCCAUCGCUAUCAGUCCAGGUCAUAUGAACUCAGUGAUGCAUAUGGGACACUCAGCAGGUCAUCAAGACAACAGAUCACUGUUUGACACAAACAAAGGAGAGCAGGCUCUGGAUCAAGGUGGCCUCUAUUCUCUUAUGUCCAAGCUGCUAGGACAAGAGAGCAAGGACAUAGUUCACAUUCAUAAAUACAACCCCAGCAAGAUGCAAAGAGUCCAGGCUGAGUUGGUGGCUCAGAUUCAUAGCUCAACACAAGAUAAAGACCUGGACUCUACCAGUAGCAGACUAGCCUUCCGAAUCAGGAAGGAUCCUGUUUUGGUGAGGGACAGAGUCCACAAAUUCCAUCAACAUGAGGCCACAGCCAAGCCACCAAGAAGCAAGCUGCUAUCUGAAGGACAAGACUACCAUUUGGAGCAAGUCUUGGCGUGGCCACAGAGUUCUCUGCAGCUGGGUCAGGUGUCAGGACUUGCCCGCGACUCAGAUUCUAAUUUGGUAAUUUUCCACAGAGGUGACCACCACUGGGGGCCUGACUCUUUUAACAGCCAGGCAAGAUACCAGCAGUGGUCCCUUGGUCCUAUUCAGCAGUCCACCAUUUUGGUUGUGAGCCCCACCAAUGGCAACAUCCUGAAGGCUUCUGGCAGAAACUUGUUUUACUUGCCACAUGGAAUAACUACAGACAAGGAGAAUAAUUACUGGGUCACUGAUGUGGCUCUUCAUCAGGUGUUAAAAGUGAGCAGUGAUGGCAGAGACAGAACCUUACUGGCAUUGGGAGAGGCUUUCACACCAGGAAGUGACAAGAACCACUUCUGCCAGCCCACUGAUGUGGCUGUUGAAACUGACACCGGAAACAUCUUUGUGUCUGAUGGCUACUGCAAUUCCAGGAUACUGAAGUUCUCUUCUAAAGGAAGAUACUUGUCUGAAUGGGGAUCAGGCUCAUCAGACAGGAGGAGGCAUAUACCAUUCCGGAUCCCCCACAGCCUGGUCUUCCUUCCUGACAGACAGGAAGUAUGUGUGGCAGACAGGGAGAACGGACGAAUCCAGUGCUUCAUAGCUAAAACUGGAGAGUUUGUUAAGGAAAUAAAGAAAGAGGAGUUUGGAGGGGAGGUCUUUGCUGUCACCUACAGUCCUACUAGAGGCUUAAUCUUUGCAGUUAAUGGGAUAUCUCCGUUUGGCCGUUCAACUCCACUCAGAGGUUUUGCAAUAAAUUAUUCAACCAAGGAUGUUUUGGAUACCUUCAGCCCAGAAAAAAAGGAAUUUAAAAUGCCUCAUGACAUAGUUGAAACCAGUGACGGCAGUAUCUUCAUCGGGGAUGCAGACAGCAAAUCAGUCUUUAAGUUUACCACUGAGAAGGCACAUCGCUCUGUCAAAAAGGCUGGAAUCGAGGUUCAGGAACUUGAAGAAAUGGAGACCUUUAUCAAAACUAAGGUGAAGCCAGAUCCUAACAUGUCAAAAACAGCAGCCUUCCAACAGAAGCAAACUCUGGCUCAACAGCCUCGACCACAGGAAGAAGAUGAGAGGAGUGUACCAAAGCCAGACAAAGAGCACGGUGUACUUCCAGCCAUCAUCACUACCCUUCUGCUCGUCCCUCUGAUGCUUGUCAUAUUCAUAGGAGUCUUCAUCUGCUGGAGGAAAAAUGACCGACAUGAGGUGAAAACUGAAUCCAGCUCUGUGGGAGGGAUUUUGGGAAAAAUAAGAGGUAAAGCAGUGGGCAGUCUGAACCUUGGAAACUUCUUUGCAUCCCAUAAGGGUUACAGUCGUCAGGGCUUUGACCAGCUAAGUACUGAAGGCAGUGACCAGGAGAGGAAUGAUGAAGAGAGUAGCGACUCAGAAAACGAGGAAUACUCUGCUCUGCCACCUCCUCGAUCUUCCACUUAGACGCUCAGAGGCUGGUCACAAACCUUCUGCUUACAUUUCCAGGAUGUAUGAGUGUAACUGUUGUUUUAGCUGCCAAUCUUAUUGUUUAUAUAUUUAUGUAUGUACAUAGAAACAAUUAUUAAAACAAUUUAUUUAAUCUUAAUUUAAUUUACCCAGGAUCUUGAAACAGCAUUGGUGACACAAUUCACACAAAGGGUUUUUUCCCUGAAAAUCAGACAGAUAAUUCUACCUUUCAAUUAUCCAUUUUCCCUUGUUUCAUGAAUUUUGUUUAAAUGGAAUUGGAAUUAGUGAAAUAAGGAACUGAAGAAUAAUUAUAUGAAAUUCUUAAAAUAAUUAUUCGAAAAAGAAAACCCAAAACAAUUCUAAGCCUAUACCUGGAUUUUUAUUUCAGCUUGUGAGAAAAAAAGUUAAAAAAUAAUAAUAAAAAAUUAAGUUUGGAAAUUUCUAUGACCAAAAUGUGGUGUGUAUUUUAUAGUCGGUCAGUUGAUGCUUUUCAUUUGUACUUAAAGAAAAAGUUUUGUUUACACCUUAAGGGCUCUGUUUUUGUGGCAGCACUAAGACCAACACAAGCAAUGCCGUCACAGUUCGAUAUCUUUCUUACUGUGACUGGCAUUGCCUGUCUGUUUUCCCAGCACUCAGGUGCUCUACACAAAUUUCCUUACUUUUUGUGCUAUGUUUAUUAUAUUCAAUAUAAUAAAACAAAAUGAAAAUGGCAUGGCCAAAAGUAUUGGUACACUUAACUUAAUUUUUUGUAACAGCCUUUGGAGAAAAACAUUCAGACAGCAAGGAUGCCCUCAGCUUGAAGAUCAGCUGGAACCUGUACUGAUGUUUGCCUUGGUUCUUUCUCAACCAUUUGAGCAAUCCUUCAGUUCAGAGAUGAUGGCUACAGUUCCUUCUUAAACAUCUUAAUAAUAUUGGCAGCAGUGGUCACAGGGAAAUAAAGCUCUUUGGAGAUGGUCUUGUAACCUUUACAUUGACAAUCCAUGAUUAUUACCUUUUUUCUAAGGUCUUCAGACUAAUCUCUAGUUUUCUAUGUUCAAUGUGAGUUAUGUUCUCCUUUUUAAAAGGCUGCAUGAGUGAUUAUAAGAUUGAAAACACCUGUGAUAAUGAUCAAAACACAAUAGUCUGCUUUAAGUAUCACUACAAAUCACUGCAUCUAAAGGGUACCAAUAAUUUUGCCUAGGCUGGUUUGGAAUCUCUUUGUAGAAUAAGCGUAGAGUUUUUUGUUUUGUU